UCAUGAAAAAUUCAUAACGUAUUGAGUGGAGGCCAGCAUGACCAGAGGCACAACCCCAUUGCGUUAUUAGUUGGAAACGAGGAGGAAACGGUCAUUGAUACCCAUCGAUUCUCCGAGUAAACAAGUAAAUAAACACGGAAGAGCCAAGUUCGCACCUCGUCUCGGCCGACGUACUUCUUAAAAGCAGAAAGUUUCAUAGGAAUCAUCAUAAUAAGCAACCUCAUUAUAAUUCAGGAAGAGAACAUUGAACAUCAAAAGCAGAUAUCUGUAUAUGACAUACCGCGGAAACAGAAAUUUUCCUCUUUGACGGUGAAUGAUAACAAUUCGGAAGUAACGAGACAUAUUGAAAGCGAUUACGUACGUUCUACGAGCUCGGAUUAACGGAAACUUACUUAACAAUUGAAACUGAUGGAAAUUGUAUCAUCGACCAUAGCUGCAACGGAAUAGGGUUUAUACCUAUCUCCUGAAUGAGUUUGGAAUAAAAACUCGCACCUUAACCUCCAGUAGGGAAGGAAUAUCACUCGCUAGUUUUUCGUACUCCUCCUGGAAAGUGGAAUAAACUUUUGAUGAAAUGUUGGCGCCAAAUCUCUGCGUGUUGAUCUGUUUGAUUGUCACUCAUUCAAUCACGGCUGAGGAAAACGACAAGAGUAUAUUCAGCAAGAAACAUGAACAUCUUCUUUCCAAACUCGACAAAUAUCACCUGGUCAGACCAUACAGAUCCACGCCCGAUGGGGAUUUCUUGACCCAUGACCUCUCGACAGCAUACGAAGAUGACGUCUUCGACUUUCAUCAGGUCCGAAGGCAAGCCGAGAGGCGCCGAAGACGAAGAGCGGUGUUCGGGGAGAAUUAUUUGGAAGAUGAUGAAAUGCUCGAGCAGAAAGUGUUUCAUUUCUCGAUGGAAGCUUUCGGUACAAGGUUUACCAUCAAUGUAACGAGAGAUAAGGAACUCGUGUCUCCAAAUUUUGAAGUUUACCGAUACCUUCCGAAUGGGUCGGUUGUGAUCGAGAAGCCACAAAUGAACUGUUUCUACCGCGGUAAUCUAAUCGGUUCGGAUCCGUCGUCUGCAGUAGCAGUUAGCAAUUGUCGUGGAAUGAGCGGACUGAUCAAGACUUUUGAAGAGGAAUAUUUCAUAGAGCCUCUGGAAUUGGUGGGCACUCAAUCUGAAACAUACAACUAUACCGGCAACGGCCUCAUCCAUAUCAUGUACCGCAGCCGAGACGCGCAACGGAACACUGGAACAGGUGCAACGCCGGGUACAAUAGACUUACAUAAUGACGUCAUGCGCUCGAGCGCGCAGCUCCGACGGCAAGCAGCCAGAUUGGUGGGGCGUGCACGAUUACAGGAGACUGAGAAUCGCCGACGGUCAAAGAGAGCACCUCGGAUCGUCACCAGGCAACAUUAUGUGGAAACCAUGGCAACGCUGGAUUUCAGCGUUCAUAAUUUCCAUGGAGCGCAAGCCUCCGGUGUAUACUUCCUCACAAUGAUGAACAUCGUGAAUAUGGUUUACGCUCAUCCGUCGCUCGAAGCCAAGAUAGAAUUUGUUAUCACCAGAGCUAAUCUUCUCAACGAAGAAAUGUCCGAGCAAUACGUCGUACUAAACGACUCGGCGAAAAGUCUCUCCAACACGUGUCGCUUUGCAAGGGUUCAAAGGAGAAUCGUUAAAGAUGACGGAUCACCAAGUUACUUUGAUCAUUCUAUCUUCAUGACUCGGACUCACUUUGGACCAGCAGGCUAUGCGCCUGUUGGGUAUGUGUGCCAUCUCUCGCAUAGCUGCUCUUUGAUAAAGGACGACGGGCUCCAGACCUCUUUUGUAAUAGCCCACGAAACAGGUCACGUAUUGGGUAUGGAACAUGAUGGUCAAGCCUGGAGCGGUCAAGGAAAUGAUUGUGAUGAUGAAGCGUCUGGGUAUUCUAUCAUGGCUACUGUAGUACUGUCCACUCCAAAGAAUCAUCACUGGUCAGAAUGCAGCAAACGUGAACUUCAUUCCAAUUUACUGAACUGGUCAUGUCUGUGGGACACUCCGACUGGAGGGACUCGAGCCGUCGGCAAUGAUCGUCCGGGGAGGAACUAUACCAUGGACCAACAGUGCAGCUUUCAGUUCGGCAAGACGUACCGGAAAUGUCAUCACACCGAUGUAGACUUUUGUAUGGAACUCUACUGCACCUCCCCCGAUCUGGAUGGGGGCUGUUUCAUGAAAGGACCCCCUAUGGAUGGAUCCUCAUGUGGAGAAAAUAUGGAGUGUGUCCAAGAAGUUUGUGUAUCAGCUAAACCUGUAGACGGUGGUUGGGGCUCCUGGGAACCAUGGGGUUUAUGUUCCUAUAGCUGUGGGCUCGGGGUUCAAAGCCGAAGAAGAUACUGCAACAAUCCACCUCCUGAUCGUGGGGCAGACUGCUCCGGUGAUUCUGUUGAAUAUCGACUGUGUAAUCUUCAGGUCUGUUCUGAUGGUUUCGCAGACAAACAGCAAGAGCAAUGUAAUCAAUAUGGGAGGAAAAACGACUUAUCGUUGAUAGCUUAUCAAAACCCAGAUCCUAGUAUGACAUGUAAGUUAUCCUGUGUGGCAGAGAAUACGGGUGAAAUCUACGUUUCGAACAGAUUCGUGACGGACGGUACCCCCGUUUCCUAUACUUAUCCUGAAAUAAUAUGUAUCGAUGGACAACCUAAAAGCAUCGGAUGCGACGUUGAAAUGGGUUCGACAAAAUUCUGGGACAAAUGCGGAGUUUGUGAUGGACGAAACGAAACAUGCGUGCAAGUCGUCACAGAUGUCAUUGACGAGUCGCCAAAAUCAAAAAAAUACCAAAAGUUAUUGACGCUUACCCCAGGAAUGUGGGACAUGAAAGUCACAAAAACAGCAGCGUCUACACACUUUCUUGCAUUGAGGAUCGAGGAGAAUGGGAAGUACAUCUUGAACCGUGGUAAACAGCAGUCUCCACCUCAUGCCUUCAUCGAAUCUGGUGUUCGGUUUGUGUAUACAGUGAAUGAGGAAGCAGAGACGUUACUAAUGAAAGGACCCGUUCCAACUGUAAUUCAUCUCAUGGCCUUCGCAUCGGGCGAUUCUCGAGCGAUGAGUUACCAGAUCGAGUUGUACGAAGACUUUGGAGAUGGACUGCCUGACGUUCUCGAGGGGGAGGGGCCGGAUGCAGAGGGACAGGUGGAGGAUGAGGAGGUGGUGGUAGAGGAAGAAUCUCCACCACCCCCAUCGACUGAAUACUUAUGGGAAGAUCAAGGAUGGACAGAUUGUACGAGGGAUUGCGGAGGAGGAUACUCUUUCCAUCGAUUUCAAUGCACCAGACUAAGAGAUAGCCGGAAGGUGAAAUACAAGUUAUGCGGUCAAAGGAGCUAUGAUCCGAAAGCCGAGAGAGUGAGAUGUAAUGAGGAACCAUGCCCAACAGAAGCAGUCAUUGUCACUUACGAGUGGCAGGUGACGGCAUGGAGUGAAUGCAGUGCAACGUGUGGAGGUAGCGCGUAUAAGACAAGAGACGUUCAAUGCUUCCAGGUUAUGAACGACGAACAGACACUUAAUGACGAGGAAGCAUGUGGGAUGGCCAAUCGUCCUCUUGAUGUCGAACCGUGUGGUCUAGAGCCGUGUGCAAGCAGAUGGGUGAAAGAGACAUGGUCUGAGUGCUCUGCGACUUGCGGACCCGGUGUGAAGACACGAGCAGUCGAGUGUGAGGUACCGAUGGGGGCGCUAGAGGAUGACUAUCUAUGUGCCGGUAUGGAGCCACCCAGUGCCAAAAAAUGUGAACUUGAGGCUUGUGAAGUGACUGCUUGUGAAUUAGCUGACAGCGUCCUAUGUGACUUAUCCAAGUUUGAGAUGUUCUGUGGCAUGCCGGGCUACGUACAGAUUUGUUGUAAAACGUGUGAACAGUUGCGAGCAGAAAAUCCCUAGAUUUAUAAUCCACAAUUUGUUUUAACCCUUUGCUUACGGGAACCUGGUGGCCCCUGUGUUAAGCCUAUGGGACCUAUACAAUUCAGUAGUCAACGGAAUACUCAACAGCUGCGAGCAGAACAUCUCUUAACUUGCUACAAGAUGGACACAACCCCUCGGAGAGGAUGCUAAAUAUGCAAAGGCAAAAGGCAUCGCACUGCGGAAACCUUCACUGGCCUUUGUUUACUUUUUGUCCCUGAAUUUUUCGUUAAAAUAAUUUUUACGAGGAUAGAAGUCUCGGUUAAACAUUUGCACGAUAGAUAAAUUGACUAGAAAUUGUAGUAAAGAUUUGAACUUUGAAUUUAAACAUAAAUCCUUGCCUAUGUCAUAUCACUUUAUCCUUCUUUAAUGAUGUCAUAACUUUAUUUCGAACAACUCGUUACAAUGUUCUGUUAUGAAAAAUGUUUUAAAAAAGUAUCGGUAUACAUUUCGUGAAUGAAAAAUAACGAGAUUGAAACUGCUGACUGUUUAAUCGGUGUUUAGUGGAUCUGAGUGAUGGGGGUAUGAUAAAAAGACAAAUGGCUUUUUUUUCAAAGCCUGAUUGAACGAGUAAAUUGAUUUAUUGACUAUCAAUCUCUUUUAACAUUAUAAUGUUUUAUGUAGUGAUUCCUAUGGAAUGCCGACAUAUUUUAAACAACAAAAUCGACUAACAUCGUAAGUAGGAAGUAUUGAUUCUUGAAAUCGUUGCUAACAUAAGCUUAAUAUUUCCUCGUUUUGUACACAGUUUGUAUUAAAAUUAAAAUUAACCAA